AAAAACAGGUGAUUAAAAUACAGAUCAGGAAGUUUGUUCGUGUUUGAGCUUCAGUCUGACUCUGACUCUCUGAUGAAGAACAAACUUCUACAACAUGUCUCCUCUUCAUCUUCCUCAUCCUCUUCUUCUUCUUCUUCGGUUAUUCUUGGCGCUGCUGUGCGUGUCCGUGUCCGUCUCUUUCAGGGUGUCCUCGUGGCCCCCGGACAGCUGCUCCCGACAGGUAAGAGCCACCUCGAGUCUUACCUGAGCGCGAGGCGAACAGGUAUUUCUGCGUCACAAUGAUCCCGCAGUCCGAACCUGAGAGGAGAGAAACAUUUCUGACAUAUUUACUGUUGUUACCGGUUAGAAGGGCGUGAGAGUCAAGGAAGAGGCUUUUGAUUCAACUUCAUAAACUACCUGAGUCUAUAAACUACCUGUAUCUUUACUCUUUAUUAUAAACUACCUGUUUCUUUAUUCUUAUUCAUAAACUACCUAAGUCUAUACAAUACCUGUGUCUUAAUUCUCAGUUAUAAACUACCUGUGUCUAUUUUUUACUAUUAACUACCUGUUUCUUUAUUCAAAUUCAUAAACUAACUACCUAAGUCUAUACAAUACCUGUGUCUUUAUUCUUUACUACAAACUACGAAAAUUUAACUUUAAAUUCAGUUUGACACAAAAUAAAACUGAACAGAUAAAAAGAAGUAAAGGUUUCUGGAGCUGUUGUUUUUGUUGUUUAGUAGUUUGUUUUUGUAGUUGUUGUUUUUGUUGUUGUUUGGUAGUUUGUUUUUGUAGUUGUUGUUUUUGUUGUUUGGUAGUUUGUUUUUGGAGUUGUUGUUUUUGUUGUUCUUGUUUGGUAGUUUGUUUUUGGAGUUGUUGUUUUUGUUGUUCUUGUUUGGUAGUUUGUUUUUGUAGUUGUUGUUCUUGUUGUUUGGUAGUUUGUUUCUGUAGUUGUUGUUCUUGUUGUUUUUUGUAGUUUGUUUCUGUAGUUGUUGUUCUUGUUGUUUUUUGUAGUUUGUUUUUGUUCUUUUUGUUCUUGUUGUUUUUUGUAGUUUGUUUUUGUAGUUGUUGUUCUUGUUGUUUGGUAGUUUGUUUCUGUAGUUGUUGUUCUUGUUGUUUUUUGUAGUUUGUUGUUGUUCUUGUUGUUUUUGUAGUUUGUUUCUGUAGUUGUUGUUUUUGUUGUUUGGUAGUUUGUUUUAGAGUUGUUGUUCUUGUUGUUUGGUAGUUUGUUUUUGUUGUUUUUGUUGUUUGGUAGUUUUGUUUUUGUAGUUUAAUGUCCUGUAAAGUUUUUUAAAGUCCUCACAGUUUCACACAAACACUCUGAAAUGAUCUUUCCUGGUCAGUCUUUGUUAAAAUCAGCUCGUCUUUUCUCAUCUUCACUCUCAUCUUGGUCCAAACUGGUUCAGAAAUGACGUUUGAACUCAGCGGCUCGGUUUUAUCUGAACUCUUUAACUCUUUUGUCAUUUGGCCAAACUCUGAAGUAUUAAGUGGAAAACUGUGAUACCGUCUCAGACACAUCCUGUGAGAGUUUCCUGUUUGUGAGUUUGAAGCUUUUUUUCAGUCCUACAGUCUGCUGACGGUGAUGAUGAUGAUGAUGAAGAUGAUGAAGGCUUCUCUUUUUAAACACUAAAUCUGACUUUAGUUUGCAGCUGAUCAGGAAUCUGACAAAAAUUAAGAGACAAAUAAAAUUAGAGGGAGUUACGAUAGAAAGAGUUCAUGAAAUUAAAGUUUUGGGAGGUAACCAUAGACGACAGAAUCACUUAGAAAUCACAUAUCAAACAUGAACAAAUCAACGUUUGAAGAAGCAUUACAAUAAUAAACGAAGAAAUCACUUCACACUCUUCAUCUCUGUUCCCUAAUCAGACUUCCAAGACUGUGCUGAGGUCUGGAGCAACAACUAUUAAACAUCAUUACAGCCACUAACCACCAUUUAAAAAAGAGCGAUAUGAGUUAUAAACGAUGUUGGCGAUCAGGAACACACACACUCCUACAGCUAAAAAUAAUCAUCUACCAAUAAAUAUACAGGAAUUAUUCAGUAUGUGUGAGGGAAGUUAUAAUUUAAGGGGGAAAAUGAACUUUAACGAAAGGUGAACUUGAUGUUUCGACUGAGACUCAGAGCAGAGACGGAUGAUUUCGGCAUUUUCAGAUAAAUACGAGUUUCCUUAUAAAACGAGGGAUUCUGCAAAGGACGAGGCGGAUCAGAGACCCAGAUCUGAGAUUUAAUGAGUCUCUUUAGUCUGAUCCUGUUGUUUUUCUGUCUUCUUUGUUUCAGGGUUUGAAGUGCACCGCUGAAAAGAGUGAGUAACCAUUAUCCUCUUUAACCUCAUCAUGUCCUUUCACAAUAAAAGUUUGAUCCUCUUUAACCUCAUCAUGUCCUUUCACAAUAAAAGUUCGAUCCUCUUUAACCUCAUCAUGUCCUUUCACAAUAAAAGUUUGAUCCUCUUUAACCUCAUCAUGUCCUUUCACAAUAAAAGUUUGAUCCUCUUUAACCUCAUCAUGUCCUUUCACAAUAAAAGUUUGAUCCUCUUUAACCUCAUCAUGUCCUUUCACAAUAAAAGUUUGAUCCUCUUUAACCUCAUUAUGUCCUUUCACAAUAAAAGUUUGAUCCUCUUUAACCUCAUCAUGUCCUUUCACAAUAAAAGUUUGAUCCUCUUUAACCUCAUCAUGUCCUUUCACAAUAAAAGUUUGAUCCUCUUUAACCUCAUCAUGUCCUUUCACAAUAAAAGUUUGAUCCUCUACAAAAAUAAACUCACAUACUCUGAAAGUCUGAACUAUUUAAUUCAAUCAAUCAAUCAAUGCUUCAAUAAUGAGUGUGUGUGUGUGUGUGUGUGUGUUACAGCUAACUGUAUGGACAACGGCUGGUUGAAUAAGUAUAAAUACACACCAAGCGCUCCGGAGCACCUGAGGGUUUCCGUGGAGACGAGGAAUGAUGACGAGGGUCACCUGCAGCCGGUUCUGUUGGCUGAGUGGAAGAUAAAAGACGACGGUGAGUGUGUGUGUGUGUGUGUGUGUGUGUGUGUGUGUAAAACCAUCCUCUGUUGUAAAAACAGGAAGUGAGCUCACCUGUGCGUCUGUGCAGGAGGUAUCAGUCACCUGAACGCCACAGAGCUCCACGUCCUGGUGAUGUCGACCAAUGAGAACCGCUGCGUUCGGUUCAUCCUGAGGGAAACUCUGGGCAUGAGGAGUCUGACACAUGAACAGGUGAGAGGACAGGAAGUUAAACAGGUUUGAUUUCAAAAUAAAAGCCUCACCUGAGACUCUGACGAAGGUAAACCCUCUCUCUGCGUCUCAGUGGACGUUCUUCGCAGACAUGCUGGUCUUGGAUCCUGGAGAAACCUACAGAGUCUCGGUCUUUAACAUCCCCAAACCGGAGUUAAAACACAGCAGCUACGACGUCAGCCAAGACCUCAGCGUCCCCGGUGAGUCCAGGACCAGCAGAGACCUGGUUUAGUUCAGAACCACAGACUGUAGACAGAUCGGGCGUCCUCUGCCUCCUCGCUGGGUGAAGCCUCCGCGAGAACAGCGACCCCUGGUGACGGGCUGCAGUAUAGAUCAUAAAUAAUAACAGGGGUGGAGCUUCGUUGAUCAGACCAGACUGUGUCGACCCCUAAAUGACUCAGUCCCAAACAUUCACAGAGCAGAGUGGAAACAGUAUGUGAACCUGUGGAUUUAAUUCGUGGUCGACCUUCCUUUGGCGGCGAUAACUUUAACCAAACGUUUCCUGUAGUUGCAGAUCAGACCUGCACAACGACACUUCCUCUUCACUAAACUGUUUCAGGAACAUUCUUGGGAUGUCUGCUGUGAAUCGCUCUCUUGAGCUCACGCCACAGCAUCUCAGUCGGGUUGAGGUCGGGACUCUGACCGGGCCGCUCCAGAGGACAGAUUUUCUCCAGUUUAAGCCGAAUGCUGUCGUUGAGUUACUUCGAUGCUUUAGGUCGUUGUUGUCCUGUCACGUCACCCGUCCUCUGCUGAGCUUCGGUUGGUGGACAGAUGGUCUUAAGUUUUCCUGUAAAAUGUUCUGAUAAACUUGGGAAUUCAUUUUUCCGUUGACGACUUUAAUCCGUCCAGAACCAUGAUUCCCCCUCCACCGUAUUUCACAGUUAGGAUGAGUUUUUGACGUGUGAGUUGUGUGUUCCUUCCAAACAACUCAAUCUUGGUUUCAUCCGUCCACAGUAGUGCUGUGGAAAAUCCAGGAGCUUUUUUACAAACUUCAAACAUGCAGAAAUGUUUUUCUUUGACUUCCUCCGAGGCGUCCUCCCAUGAACUCCAGUCUUGUUUAAUGUUUUACUGAAGAUUUAUCAACAAAAACGUUGGCGUGUGUCAGAGAGUUUUACAAGUCUAAACUGACACUCUAGGAUUCUAGGGAGAGAAUCAACAGAGCUGAACUUCCUCCAUUUGUAGAUAAUCUGUCUGACCGUAGACACAUGACCAUCGAGGCUUUUAGAGCGACUUUUUUAACCCUUUCCUGCUUCAUGUAAGUCAACAAUUCUUGAUCGUAGAUCUUCUGAGAACUCUUUUGCAGGAAGCAUGGUUCACGUCAGGUAAUGCUUCUUGAGGACAGUUGACUUAAAACUGGUGUGUGUGUUUUUUUAUCGGGCAGGGAGCUUUAACCAACACCUGCAGUCUCACCAGACUGAUGGACUCUGGGUCGGCUGACUCCAGGCUCCCAUUAGCUCUUGGAGAAGUUAUUACAGAUCCUCUGGCGAAGGCCUCCUGGUCGUUCCAAAGUCGAGGCUCAAGACUAAAGGUGAUAGAGCUUUCUCCAUCAGAGCUCCUCGACUUUGGAACGACUUGCCAGAGGAGAUAAGGCGUGCAGAGACAGUCGCUUCUUUUAAGUCAAUUUUAAAAACUCACUUUUACAGACUUGCCUUUAUGUGAUGCCAUCUUUCAUCUUUUAUUGCCUUUUACCGCUUUUAUUUUUCUCCUUUUUCUUUUACCUCUUUCACCUCUUUCUUAUUUAGACUUACUGCCUUUUUAGCCUUUGUUUUACUUAUAAUCUUUUUAUUGAUUUUAAUGUUUUCAUUUUCCUUUAUUUUAUAUAUAUAUAUUUAAUUCCACUUUAUCAUUUAUAUUACCAUCAUUUUAUUUUAUUAUGAUUUUAUUAUUAUUAUUAUUAAUAUCCUCUUUUAUACUUACUAGCCUGUUUUCUUCCCUCCUUUUCUAUUUCUUUUUUUGCUUUUAUUUUGGUCCUCAUGGUCUCAUUUAUUUUGUAGGGUUCUUGUAUUGCCUGGGUUUCUUACGAAAAGUGAAACAGGCCUACAAUUCAGAGGCCUGUUUUUAACUGAGCUUUUGUUUUUAUGUGUUUUUAUUUUCAAUGUGCUGAUGCUCUGUGCUUACAACUGUUGUCUAAGCACUUUGUAAACUUCUGUUUUUAAAGGUGCUAUAUAAAUAAAAUUAUUAUUAUUAUUAUUAUUAUUAUUAUUACUGUAGAGGUUCACACAGUUUUUCCACCCUCCACUGUGAAUGUUCACAUGUGGUGUUCAAUAAGAAAUAAAAACAUGUAAUUUUUGUGCAGUAUAAGUUUGAACAGAAUGUGUUCGUCUAUCUGUUGUGAUCUACUGUAGAUGAAGAUCAGAAACACAUUUUACGCCCAAUUUAUGCAGAAAUCCGAGUGAUCCGAAAAGGUUCACGUACUUUUUCUUGAUAUUGUGUUUGGGUCGGUACAGUAAUUGACUGUUCUGGUUGUGUUCACCAGUCCUGCUGGGCUGCGGGUCUGGAUUUGUGUCCUCUGCUGACUUAAACUCUCUGGAUCUGGUUUUCCAGGUUGUGAAGACUCCAGGAUGAAGAUGACCCAGUUCUGUGUGGAGAGAGGUGAGAGAUUUACGCUCCAGAGUCCGGAGACUGAAUCCUGUAAAUCAUUACUAACAGUUUUACCUCUGUGUGUGUGUGUGUGUGUGUGUGUGUGUGUGUGUGUGUGUGUGUGUGUGUGUGUGUGUGUGUUUGUGUGUGUGUGUCACCUGCAGGUAGUCUGUGGCAGUCCAACAUCAGUGUGUCUCAGGUGUCUGUUGGAGGAGGAUCACGUCUGUCCGUCAGCUUCAGUCCUGACAUCCUCUCUGAAGAGUACACCGUCAGGGUCCGCUGCUCCACCACCAACCAAAAGGAGCAGGUCCACCGGGUAAAAACCCCUCAGAUGGACUUUAAAGCUCCAGCAGAGACCUGCAGUUUCCUCUUCAGCGAGCUGACCCACAUUCGGCUGAUGGUUCAAACUUCCUGUUUGCCGCCUCAGCCUAGUUUUUAGCCCACUUUCAGUCUGUUUCAGAGACGCUGCUGAGCUGCGUUUACCUUUCCUCCUCAGUCAGACACUAUUGAGGACAUCUUUACAGACACAGCGCUGCUGCAGAGAGACUCAGAUGUUUGUUAUUCAAACAUGAUAAUAAUCAUUUUCCUCAUUAAAGGGAUAUUUAAUGUAAAACCCACCGUAACACCGAGUUAGACCCCCCCUCCAGAGAUGAAUGUUGUCGACCGUUUGCUUCUCUAGUUAUACCAACUUUAGUAACGACCGCAGGAUAGUAAUACAGAGAGACACGCCCCCAACCAAAACGCCACUCUAUAGCCACAAAUAAUGCUCAGAACAGCACCUAACUUCAUCAACAGGACAUAUAGGGUCACAGACAUAGUACUAGACACCAAACAUCUUUUAACUUUGACUCAUUUCUUUAGCAAAGAGACUAAACACAACUCACCUACUCUCUUCCAGCAGACGCUUGUUUGUAGUGAGACCUCAGGCCAGUCCAUUACGGACUACAGCGGGGUGCCGCAGCUCAAGGAAGAACAUUUAUGAUCAUUUCUUCAUGGAAAUACAAUCAGACCGAGACGCUAAGACAGAAGAACUACCGCGUCUGUAAAAUGAUCAAUAUGGUGAUUAUUACUUAAAGGAAAUGAUAAAGAAAUGAUCAUAAAUGUUCUUCCUUGAGCUGCAGCACCCCGCUGUAGUCCGUAAUGGACUGGCCUGAGGUCUCGCUAUGAAGUUAGGUGCUGUUCUGAGCAUUAUUUGUGGCUAUAGAGUGGCGUUUUGGUUGAGGGCGUGGCUCUCUGUAUUUCUAUCCUGCGGUCGUUACUAAAGUUGGUAUAACUAGAGAAGCAAGCGGUCGACAACAUUCAUCUCUGGAGGGGGGGUCUAACUCGGUGUUACGGUGUGUUUGACCCUAAAUUAAUUUUACGCCGGAAUAUCCCUUUAAACUGUGAAAUCUGUGACUCCUCAGGCGAACCGGACAACCCUGAACGUGACGUUCAGUCUGGAUAAAUGGCCGCUGUCCUGCUGUCAGUUUGACGCCGAGGUAAAUCUGAGGAACGGUCCUUUCUCACCCCCGCCCUCCCCGUGAUAAAACAGUUCACCUGAUCCCUGUCUUUUGCAGGUCAUACCUCGGUUCAAACCCUGUGGUUGGGACUGCACUCGUCACAGGAGGACCGUGAACAUCUGUGCAAGUAUGAAGAGUCGCCCCCCCCCCACCUGAAGUUUCUCAUUUUCAGAAACAUUCUCAUCUUCUGAAAUCUGUUCUGGUUUCCACAGAGACAGAUGCUCCAACAGACGCCCCACCAGUCGCCCCUCCGUACAUGUUUGUCUCUCUGGGCGCCGUGGUCAUGUGUGUGGUGGCGGUCGCUGUUCUGUACUUCCUCUGCAGAAAACCAGGUGAGUCCCAGAAACACUGAAGCGCGGGUUUGGUCUCUAGGUCACUCACCUUAAAGACCCGUUUGUAAAGGUACUGAGUCUGACCUAAAGUAACCGUCCUUCUUGUCUUCUUCUGCUCUCUCAGGCCGGACUGAAGAUGCUCCGCCUCCUUUAGGACCCGAGAAACUUCCGCUGAUCAAACAGCCUCCUAAAGUUCUGGUCAUCUACUCCCAGGACCACCGCCUCUACAGGGACGUCGUACUGAAGCUCUGCGCCUUCCUCCAGGCUAAGUGCGGCACCAAGGUGCUGGUGGACCUGCUGGAUACCACCUCGGUUGGCAUGGUGGGCCGCCUUCGCUGGCUGGAGUGGCAGCGCCAACAGAUGAAAAACCCUUCAGACAAAAUCCUGGUCCUGUGCUCGCCGGGGGUCCAGGCCAAGUGGAGGGCCAUGUGCGGUCAGGGUCGGGUCUUACUGAGGGAAGACGUUCUUUCUCCGACUGACGACAUGCUCACGCCUUUCCUCAACCUCUUCCUGCCCGACAUGCACCAGGCGGGGAUGAUGGGGAAGUACAUGGUGGCGUAUUUCGAUGAGAUCUGCAGCAAAGACCACGUCCCUUCGGUUUUUGACCUGGCAGUGAAGUACAAGCUCAUGAAGCACUUUGAGGAGCUCUACUUCCGCAUCCUGGACGUGGAGAAGUACCAGCCGGGUCAGGUCAGACAGAUUGAGGGGAUCAGCGGGGACGAGUACUUCAACUGUCCCUCAGGCAACGCUCUCAAGGGCGCCAUCGAAACCUUCCAGGCCUACCAGCUGGAAAACCCGGACUGGUUUGAGAAGGAGUGUGUGGACUUUGAGGAGCAGGUCACAUCUGAGACUGAGAACCUUGUUGAACACAUGCAGAUCCCGCCAGUCCUUCAGUGUGUCCCCCUGAUCAGGGAAGGACCGCCUGUCUUAGUUCAUGAUGUGGAAAUCAAGGACAGGGACCUCAGUGUCCACGUCGUCACACCAGAACUGAACCCAGAGAGCCAGUUCUCCUCUGUGGUACAAGUGUCCCCAAUCCUGGACCAUGAGGCCGACCAGUACCCAUCAGGCCUGGCUCAGGUGUUGACAGAUCACGUGUAUCCUCACAUACCCAAUCCAGAACCUGUCUACGUUUCUGAGCCUGUUGUCAACGUGCCACCUCCUCCGAGACAGAACUGGCCUUCGGUCCAUGUUGGACCCUCGGGUCAGAUCCCCACAGAGGAGGACGAGGAGGACUCCCUCCUACCUGUGAGCCAAACCUCUUCACAGUGGGACCAGAGGAGCGUGGUCCAUCAGAACUCUUUGGACUCAAACUUCCCAGAGUCCUCACAUCACAGCUAUCAGAGCGAACACUUACCUCCGGCUGAGAUCAGCUACCUUCAGCCCGUGGAGGUGGUGGAGGAGGUCCUGGAGUCCAGAGAAAAGGGUCAGAGCAGCGGAUCAGACCAGGGCUACAUCUCCAAAAUGUCCUCCCAGCAGGAUCCUCCCCUUAAAGAUCCUAUGGCGGCUCUGAGAGCCCUGCAGGUUCAGCUGUUCCAGGACAACCUCCGGAACUUUGAUGAACAACCUGAAGAAAACUGACGUGAAGGUCAGAGAGGAACGUUUGACCGCCGUGACUUUACCGAGUCAACAAGUUCCUGAAUGUCCCUUUAGGUUGAAGGUUCCUGGAUACCCAGACUUUCCCUCAGGAUCAAGAGAAGAUCUAGAGAGGGACUGAACCAGCAGAGCAGAGAGGAGGACAUACACGGACUUUACAGUCUUUGGACUGAGGACAGAAAACCAUGAUCAGGUUUUUAACAACAAAGGAAUCUAAAUCCUGGUUCUCUGAUUAAAAUGUGGACCAGAUGUGGGACUCCGGAAAAAGGAAGAAGAACCAAAUAAUCACUGUUGGCUCUGGUUCCUGGUUCCUGUUUUGGACCAGUCGCUCAGACUGGAGCUUAAAGGGAUAUUCUGUCAUAAAAUUAAGUUAGAGUUAGAGUUAGACCCCCCCUCCAGAGAUGAAUGUUGUCGACCGCUUGCUUCUCUAGUUAUACCAACUUUAGUAACGACCGCAGGAUAGAAAUACAGAGAGCCACGCCCUCAACCAAAACGCCACUCUAUAGCCACAAAUAAUGUUCAGAACAGCACCUAACUUCAUCAACAGGACAUAUAGGGUCACAGACAUAGUACUAGACACCAAACAUCUUUUUAACUUUGACUCAUUUCUUUAGCAAAGAGACUAAACACAACUCACCUACUCUCUUCCAGCAGACGCUUGUUUGUAGAGAGACCUCAGGCCAGUCCAUUACAGACUACAGCGGGGUGCCGCAGCUCAAGGAAGAACAUUUAUGAUCAUUUCUUCGUGGAAAUACAAUCAGACCGAGACGCUAAGACAGAAGAACUACCGUGUCUGUAAAAUGAUCAAUAUGGUGAUUAUUACUUCAAGGAAAUGAUAAAGAAAUUAAUUAAUACGCCGGAAUAUCCCUUUAAGAGGUUCAGAUCUAAACCAGACUGAGCAGCAGCUUCUAAUUAUCAAAGAUCUUUUUGAAUCGGACUGUUUAACGAGCGUUUUGAUCGUGUUUUCAGAGCUGAUGUGUCAAUUAUUGAUUUGUCUGAUCGUUAAUCUGGGGAUCAAUCAGGUUAUUAAUAAAAGAGGAGGAUCUGUAUUUUUACUUUUUGAAUAUGAUCUUAUCUCAGACAGUUUAUUUUUGACAAACAUAUGUGUGUAAAUUUAUCUUUGACAUUUAAAGUUGUUUGUUGUACAGAUGUUUUAUUUUCUUUGGUGAUUUUAUUUCUAGUUUCUUUUUUUUGUUGUUCUUAAAGUUUGAGAUAAAUAAAUAAAUAAAGGAUUUGGUCUUUCUGAAACCCUCUGAGAUGAUAAACUCGUGCAGAGACAGCAGCUCUUCUUCUUCUUCUUCUUUUCUGGUAGCUGCUGCUUUUUUUAGACUGACGCUCAGUUGUGGAGCCAACCUGGAUGAGAUUUCAGAAACGUUAUGUAACAUGGAAACGACUUUGUUUUCAGUUCAGAGGGAGUGAACACAGCAGGUCUGAGGGGCGCUGCCUCUUCCUCUGGAGCAAAUAUUUUUGUUGACUCUGAUCUGAUGAAGAAAAAGAAGAAGAAAUCUUUCUCUGAGGAGUUUAUAACAUUAAAGUGAAACUUCCUUCAGUCAGGACUCUAGAAUUACCCCAGAAGAGGAUUGGGAAAAAACAAAAAAACGUUCCAAUUAAAUUAUUUUUUUCUUCUUCUGAGAUUUAAGUCGGAAUUCUGAGAUAAAUACUGCAUUCUAGUUGUACUCAGAAGUCGGAAUUUCCGAGCUCUGAGUUGGAAAUUCGUCUGGAAGUCCCCUCUGAAGUUCGGAUUUCCGACUCGGAAAGUUGGACAAUCCUCGCCAACCCCGACUUGGCAAAGUAUCGAGGGGGAAAUUAUUUAAUUUAUUUUAUAAAUUAAAUUUAUUAACAAGAAGCCGACGUUCAGUUUAGUCACUAUUGUUCAACGACACAAACAGGCAAAAGAAAGAAAUUUGUGCUUUGUGAGGGUCACUUCACAAACGCAUUCUGUUCACAUUAGAUGCUUCAUUUGUUGUUGUGAUGUGAACGACCGCACAAAAAGAUCGGAUUCAACAAAAUAUCCGAAUUGUGCAUCAUAACCUGCAGUGUGAACGUAGACUAAGUCGGGGGAAGAACGCCGUUAAUACUCCGAUACUGAAGCUGCCGAACAAAUGUCGAAGCUUCACGAACCGUGAGGGCCGAAGAAUCGCUGAGCUGAUGCAGAGGUGGCCAGGAGAGGAAGUGACGUAUGUUUCACACAUGCACCGUACAAUUUGAGUCUUCGGGACUGAAGCAGCGACAACGCCGUCAACUCGGGUGCAGAGUUAUUCCCAGCUCCGACAUCGGACUUCCGAGGUAACUGGAACGCAGCAUAAACUCAGAAUUCAGAGUUUUAUCUCCUCAGAAUAAUCAUGUAAGAAUAAAAAACAAGAACAUCUUCACGCUCACAGCUUCAGUAAUUAAAGACCAAGAGUCUCCUCGUUCGGUUGACUUUCUUUAGAUUUAUUGAGGUUGAAGCACAUAACGCUCUGUCUUACAUCUACAGUACAUCGAUUGGAUUAUAUCAGCACAGAAUCACAGCACGGUACCAGCACAGGUGGACUCCUGUCUGUAAACGAUAGUCUUCCCUGUAAACAAGUCCAGGAAUAAAGGAGGAGAGAGUUCACACUUAGAUCAGCUAAAGAAGGAGAAACAUCGGAGUCCGAGCGUCCAGGUCCACACAGCCUUUGGUAGUUUCAGAGAGUUCUGGUUCUGUGCUUGUUCAUGCAGGUUCAAGGCCCGGAAAUGUUCCAUCACAUGUAAACAAAGGGUUAAAGAGCGCGCGAAGCUUCAUGUGCAAAUACAAACCAUGAUUGUUAGAAAGCCUUUAAACAGCGCAGGGUACAAAGAUCGGCACGAGGAACUCAUAGAAAAGAGUAUAAAAUAGAACUUUGACCAGACUUUGGCGAGAGAGAAGAAGAAGAGGAAGAAGGAGGAGAAGGAGAAGCGAUGGAUGAAGAGAAGCAGAGAGGAGCAGCUCUCAGAGGUCAAACUCCAAGGUCAUCUUCACCUCAUUUCUGCAGGUUUGACCUUCAAAACUAAAGUUUCUGUUCUGAUGUAGGCGGGUCAAGGUCAUCUCGGACCUUCGGAUUUACUCCUCAAAGAGUUUCAUCCACGUCCUGUGAUCCACAAACAUCUAAACACGUCAUGACUGCUUAAAAACGGAAGAACAACAUCGACCUCUGAGUGUGGAGGCCAAGGAGACGAGAGAAGGAGACAAGAGAGGGAGACAAGAGAAGGAGACCAGAGAAGGAGACCAGAGAAGAAGAACAGAGAAGGAGACAAGAAGGAGACGAGGAGGAGACGAGAGAAGGAGACCAGAGAGGGAGACCAGAGAAGGAGACGUGAGAAGGAGACAAGAAAGAGAGACAAGAGAAGGAGACGAGAAAGAGAGACAAGAGAAGGAGACGAGAAAGAGAGACAAGAGAAGGAGACAAAAGAAGGAGACUAGAGAAGGAGACAAGAGAGGGAGACCAGAGAAGGAGACAUGAGAAGGAGACAGGAGAAGGAGACAAAAGAAGAAGACCAGAGAAGAAGAACAGAGAAGGAGACAAGAAGGAGACGAGGAGGAGACCAGAGAAGGAGACCAGAGAAGGAGACUUUAGACUUCUGAGACCAGAACCUGCUCCGACAUUAAACCUUCAUACAGAGACUGAGCAGUCCAGAUCCUCCUGUAGAUCCAGGCUACAUAGAUCCAGACUAUAUAGAUCCAGACUAGGAACAUCCAGACUACAAAGAUCUAGAUUACAUAGAUCCAGGCUACAGAGAUCUAGAUUCCAAACAUCCAGACUAUAUAUAUAUAGACUACAUAGAUCUAUGCUAAUACCGUCCAGAGUACAUAGAUCCAUACUGUGAACAUCCAGACAAUCUAGAUCCAGACUACAUAGACUACAUAGAUUAAGACUCCAAACAUCUAGAAGAUACAGACCCAGAUUACAGAGAUCCAGACCCAGCACAUUCAGAUAGCAUUGAUCCAGACUACAUAGAUCCAGGCUACAUAGAUCUAGAUUACACAGAUCUAGACUACAUAGAUCAAGGCUACAUAGAUCCAGAUGAGAUAGAUCCAGAAUACAUAGAUCCAGACUCCAAACAUUCAGACUACAUAGAUCUAGACUACAUAGAUCAAGACUCUAAAUGUCCAGACAACAUAGACUAAAACUACAUAGAUCCAGAUGAAAUAGAUCCAGACUCCAAACAUUACGACUACAUAGAUCUAAACUUUAUAGACCAACUCUCCAAACGUCCAGACUUCAUAGAUCCAGACUUCAUAGAUCAGGAAAACAAAUGUCCCAACUACUUAGAUCCAAACUCUAUAGCUUCAGACUACAUAGAUCCAGAAUACAUAGAUGCAGACUACAUAGCUCCAGAUGACAUUGACCCAGACUACAUAGAUCCAGAUGACAUAGAUGUCAUCCCCAUGUUUGCUCCCUCUGAGUUUAAACGUGUUGAAGUUAAAUCAGGCACUAAAGCAGCUCAGACCUCCUAUUGCACAAACUCGUCUUAAGACACGUUUCUAAGAGUCCAGGUCACUGCAGCCGUACACAGAGGCAUCUACACAGACGGGCUCUAUCAUCCAAACAGAGCGGUGAAGGUGACCCGCGGACAGGAAGUCACCUGCGCUUCUGGAUGAUGAUUGUUUUUCCUCUAAAAAAGAGCUCCGUAAAUAUCUGUGCGCUGCGUUCAAAGACUCUUUUUUUUCAGGACUUUCAGCAAAAACAAAAACAAGAACUAAGCAGAUGAGCGAUGAAAUGUUUGAGCAGGAUCCUCUGAAGACUGAUCCACACCGACGACACCGAAGAGGAACGACUGAACGGAUAUAAAAAUCAGGAUUAACAGUCAUUAGAGUUAAAAAUCAGUGUUAGAGCAGAAUCAGAGUAAAGACCGUGAAGUUAGACAUCUACUUUCUCAUUUUUAUAUUUUCUCAUUUUACUGAAACUUUAAUCGGAUAAUUCAGACUUCUGAUGAUGUUUUUCCGUCACUUUUGGUUUCAUAUUUCUGAUGUUAAAAUCUUUUUAUCUCAUUUUUGUUAUUUCUCAUUUCAUCAGUGCAGCUUUUCCUCCUGACAGAAACCCCGUCUCAUGAUUUUUGUCUUUAAAUCCUUUCAUAGUGAAUUUUACCAAAUAGUUUUGACUGUUUUUCUUCUUUUUUACUUAGUGUGACUUUAACAAAGUCAUUAAAACUCUUAAACGAAUGAUUGUGACUUUUUGAUUCUCGACAUUUUGACCUCAUAUACAUCGGGGGAUUAUCUCAUUGUUUUUAACAUCCUUGAAUUUAAUCUCAUUAAGGUCGCUUUCACACCAGAGCUGUUUGGUUCGCUUUAAAUGGACCAGAGUUCGUUUCCUCGGAUAGUCCGCUUCAUUUGGGCAGGUGUGAAAGCUCAUCCGAACCCUGGUCCGCCUGAAAACAUGGGUCUCGGUUCGCUUGUAAGUGAACUCUGGUUCGGUUCGUAUGCAGCGUACAAUAACCCAUAAAUUCACAAUUCGGCAUAUCUAAACAAAAUCAAAUCAGAACUCCCAACAGUCACAGUCCUUGAACUCUGAGCUCAUAUGUCGUCACGUGUUCGAUCGUCAAAGUUAGAAAAAUAACAGGAUCAAUUCCUGACAAGCUACGAUAGCAUGAUAGGAACAGUUUCAUUCACUAACUUCCAUAAAAUAAUGUGACGAAGCAGGAUACAAGACGACUAGUCCACCCCUGUUUGUAAUCCGUGAGGUUACAAACUCCUCCUACUUUGUCCAACCGACGAGCGCCCCUUUAACCACGUGAUGCUGCUCGGAAAGUUCGGAGAAGGAGAAUCAAAACAAGUGAGAAAUGCAACAACGACUUUCAGCUCCACAAUCGAACCGAGUCCGCUCAGUCAGGUGUGAAGGCGACCUGUAGUUUUGACUUUUAGCUCCUUUUUUAGUCUUUUUGCUCAUAAUUGUGAAUUUUAUCUAGACGCUGUGACAAAGUGUUGACUCUGUACGAUAAUUACGACAGCUUCUGUUUAAUAUUUGAUUUCUAAUCUCAAAAGUCUUUCUUUAAUCAUUCAGAUUUUUGUCUUUUUUAACUUCUAUAAACUUUCUUUUCCUCAUUUUUCCUCAUUUUAUCUCAUUAAAAUCAUUUUAUCUGAUUUCAGGGACUUUUAAAUUUAAUUAUUUUGAAUUUUUUUAUCACCAUAUUUUUUAAUUAAAGUGAGUUUUUUUUCUCUCUUUUCUUCACGCAGCCUCAGAUGGUGUCCAGACGUCGUCGUGGUGAGGAGCUCCUGGUGAUCUUUUGGGACUGAGGUGGAACAGACGCUCCCUAGGGCGGGGGGUCCGUUUGAAGGACUGCAGUGGGAGACCUGUUUGUGGCACUGGUAGGUCUUUACACACUCACACACACACACGCUCACACACACACACGUUGAUGAACCAGCACAGACCUGCAGACGACAGCGGCAUCUUUAAAAAAUAUCUAUGUACAGGAGAAGAAGAAGAAGAAGGGGGAGGAGUCAAAGUGCACUUUACAUCCCAACACGCCCACAGUCCAGCUGUCUGUGUGUUCGAUUCCUGCGCAGUGACACACACACACACACACACACACACACACACACACACACACGGAGAAGGUCCAUCUCUCUGGAGUCAGUGUGAGUCUGUGACGCAGGUGUGGGUCUGACUGUAGCACCUGGAGAGGAGCGUUGUAAGGCUGGUACACGUGAUGCGUUCAAGGUCCAGAGAGAGAGAGAGAGAGAGAGAGAGAGAGAGAGAGAGAGAAGAGAGAGAGAGAGAGAGAGAGAGACAGAGAGAGAGAGAGAGUCCUGCUGUUCUGUUAUGUAAAAUGUCAUCAGAGAGAUGAGUCAGGUCCAGGUUCCACCUACAC